AUGACUUCUAUUUCAACAAAAUGGACACCAAAAAAACGUGAUUAUGUAUCUGAACAUAAACAAUUAAACAAAACUACAAAUGCUACAACAACUCAUCCUCUUGGUGUUAUUGUUACAAAUAAACCACAAACAACAAUAUCAUCAUCAUCAUCAUCAUCAUCUCCAAUAGUUGAUCCUCUUUCAUUAAAAACAACUCAAGCUGAAAUUGAUCCAUUAUCACGUGCAUUAGCAGCUGCAAUAACAUCAAAAAAAGAUUCAACUGAUGAAUAUUCACCAACAAUAACAGAUACAUUUGAACCAUGGUCAAGUAAAAAAGGUGUUAUUUUAAGUCAAUAUAUAACAACAAAAAAAAUUAGUAUGACAACAGCUAUGAAUAAUACUAAUGAUGAAUCGAUUAUUGAUAACACUAAAAUGGCAGAUAUGACAACAACAGCGGAAAGAGUUAAAAAUCGUCUUGAACAAUUAGAUGCAUUUGAAGGUGGACAACAAACACAAAGUUUAACGCAACAAGAAUAUAUAAAUCGUAUUAAUGAAAUGAGUAAAGAUAUGAGUCAAGCAUGGAAAAAUGAUCAACGUGUUAAAACAUUAAAAAUUGCUAUACAGUGUGGUAAAUUAUUAGCUGAUAUGAAUGUUAUGGAAUUUUAUCCAAGUAAAUUUUGUUUAAUUACAGAUGUAUUAGAUACUUUUGGAAAAUUAGUUUAUAAUCGUUUAUUAGAAAAAAGUGCAUCAUCAACUGGAAAAAUUCCUGAACGUGUUGUACCUGACCUUAUUCCAGACGCUACACGUGAAACAGCUCGUAAUUGGUUUUAUAAAAUAGCUAUUAUUCGUGAAUUAUUACCACGUAUACUUAUUGAAGUAGCUAUUCUUAAAUGUUAUAAUUUUUUAUCUACAACUCAUUAUCGAACAGCUCUUGUACAAUUAGUUAAAAUGUGUCGUGGAAUUGGAGAUCCAUUAGUAGCUGCAUAUACUCGUUGUUAUAUUUGUCGAGUUACAAUUGAUAUUGAUUUUAAAUAUCGUGAACCUAUUGAAAUAGCUUUUACAGAUUUAUGUCAUUCAUUUCAUCAAAUAAAUACAGCAACUGUUAAAACUGUGUAUCAAUUACAAAAAUUAACAACUAGUAUUUAUUUAUCACUUUAUUCGCCAGCAUUAGAUUGGAUUGUUCAAUGUUUAUUACAUAAAUUAGAUGAAAAUAAAAUGGAAAAAAUUGUUAAUAAAACACGAACAGAACUUAAUAUGUUAAGUGGUGGUGUUGUAUUAAAUGCACUUUUAAAUACACUUCCACCAAAUCAUGUUCGUUCAAAAGUUCAACGAUAUAUUGAAAUGAUUAAUGAAUGUGAUGAACAAUAUUUUCCAAAAAGUAUACUUUAUCGUUCUCUUGGUCUUUCUCUUCUAUUAUCAUCACCAUCAUCGACACCAUCUGAUCUUCAAUUAUUAAAUAGUGUUUGGAGAGUAGUUACAAAAUUUAAAGAUCCAUCGGCCUAUAUGGCAUGUGCUGAAGUUUGGGUCGAAUUAACAUCAAAAGAAUAUACGACACGAGAACUGAAUACAAUGUUGAGUGAUAUUAUUAAACAUUUAACACCAGAUCGUGUUUUUGAAGAAUAUUAUGGAAAAUUACAUGCAAUUAUGAUUAAACUUCUAGCAAAUAUACAAGAUUUUGCAUCAUUAUUUGCUAUGGAUAAAAUAUUACCAUUUCUUGAUUUAUUUCAACGUGAACAUGUUCGAGUAGAUUUAUUUAAAUCAAUUUUACAUGUAUUUAUUAAUAAAAAUCCACAAGAAAAAACUAAUGAUCCAGUAUUAAUAACUGCUAUGAUACAUUGUGCUAAAAGUGUUCAUGAUACACUUGGAGCUUUGACAAAUGAUGAUGAAUUACGUGAAGUUAGUGGACUUUUAUCUUCAUUAAUACGUAAAGUUGAUUAUGGAAAAGAUGUUGAACAAGAACUUAAAUUUUGUGUAGAAGCUCGUGGUUUAUUUGGUUAUUUAGAUUCAGUUACUAUUACACUUAUACAGAAAGUCAAUACAUUAGCUGUAUCAACACAUCGUAUUGUUAAUGGUGUACAAUCAACUGCAACAUCAUCUUUUAUACGUGCUUGUAUGGCUUUUUGUUAUAUAACAAUUCCAUCAUUAGAACAUCCUUUAAAUAAACUUCAAUUAUAUACAUUAUGUGCACAAACAGCAUAUUUAAAUCAAAGUCUUUCACAAGGUGAUGGUUUUUUUAAAAUGGCUAUAACACUUCUAUCGGAUUUUCCAAAACAGAUUGAAAUUGAUGGAAAAUUAGUAUCAAGUGAUAAAUAUUUAUAUGAAUCAAUUACAAAUAUAAUGUCAACACUUGUUGUUGUACCUGAUAAUCCAGAUGCAGGUGUUUUAUAUCUUGCUCAUGGUUUAAAUAAUGUUAUUAAUCAAAUGAAAUGUUUUGAUGAUACAAGUGAAACACGUGCCAUGCUUGCUAUGAAUAUGUUAUGUCUUUUGUCAACACAAAUUCAAACAUUUUUACCAUAUCAUGUUCUAAAAGUCGAAUCAAAUGAUGCUUUAUAUGGUAAUGAUGAAAGUUUUCUUAAUGAAAUACAUCAAAGAUUAAGUCGUAUUUGUGAACAAAUUAUACAAAUGCUUAAAGAUUUAGCAAAUACAAAUCCAAAACGACAAUCAACAUUAGCACUUGAAUUUUUCAAUCGUUUAAUUGCACAUGGAGAUUUAAAUCAACCGAAAUGUAUUAAAUUUGCUGUUAAUCUUUGGAAUUUAGCACAAAAAAGUCUAAAUCCAGAUGCACAAAAACUUGCUAAACGUAUUUUAAAUCAUAUUGAAGCUCGUUCUGUUCAUGAUAAAUCAUUUAAACGUUUGUCUGAACUUAUUUUAGGCAAUAUAAAUGAUACAAGUCAAUCAUCAUCACUAUCAAAUUUCACUUAA